AUGAAUAGAGAAACGAAAACAGCAAAUUCUUCAGCUGUUUUUGUUUCUCUUAAGUCCAAAAAGAACUAUUUAAUAGUGCAUCCAGCCGGUGCAGAAUAUUAUCAUGUAAUAAAAUUCGAACCUUACUAUGGCAUUCCAUGUUAUGCAGGAAUUUUCAAAAAAGAUAUAUUAUCAACAGAAGAAGAGGCAUUGAGUUACAUUUCCAACGAUGAAAUGAUUGAAACAAUGGUAAAAGCUCAUUCAAUUUUUGGAUAUACUACAAUUGACAAAGCAGGCAUACUUAUUCUCACAAAAUCUGUUGAUACUCUAUAUAAAUACAAGAAUGAACAUCCAAUUUAUAAAAUUAAAGAAGUUGAAUUUGUCAGAUUUUCAAUUUUGAUCGGAGAACCAUCCCAAGAUUUCAGUAUCGAGAAACUCAGAUCUUACCCAUUCUCAUGCAAUCAUUACUUUUGCCCAACAUUUGAUAUUUCUAAACAUUUUACAAGAAAUUCAAAUUAUUCUGCAUCUGUUAACGAAACAUUAGCGGUGGCUUUUGAAAACAUACAGAUACCAAACCUAUGCCCCAGAGUUAUCCAAGGAUCUUUUGCUUUUUGUUAUAUCGACGUUUUUCUUUCAGAUGUUUUACUUAUUUCUCGAAAAAUUACAUCAAACAAGAAAAAGGAAAGAGGAUUUGAUAUUAAUGGCGAGUCAAAUAUGGAUUAUGAAAUUGAAAUCGCAUAUGUCGUUCCAAGAGGCUCAGGAUAUGAAACAAUAUCUCACGUUUUCUAUAUUGGUGAUGUACCUUCAGUUUCUGAUACAUACAAGUUAGAGGAGAGUCAAGAAAAGAAAGUUGUUAAAAAUUAUUUCAAAAAUCUUUCGAAAAUUUCUGGUUUCAACAAUAUUUUGAACAUCAUGCUAUUCAAUGAAUCAAAGAACCCUUCUUACGCUAAACUAAUGAACAAAAUUCAAAGUUUUUGCAAUUAUGAAGAAAAUAAUCUGAAAGUUUCAAUGAUUAAAACAAAAUUUGCAUUCUCGAGUGACAAACUCGACAAUAUACCAUCUGUUAUCGAUCUCUUUUACUCAGUUUCCUCUUCAAAAUUUGAAAAUUUCGGAAUGUCGAGAAUUUUCGAGAACAAAACGACCACAGAGAUUGCCUCUAUCCAGCAAGGUGCAUUCCGAUUCUCGUUUGUUGAUUCCAUUGAAGAAGAACUGUUUGCCAUUUUGUCAUUGCUAAUUAAAUCGAUCAAACCCACUAACAUCAUCACAACUAACAUCCAAUCGUUCACAGACUUCUCCCAGAUCUCCCAAUCAUUCAUACAGCUCUGUUCCAAGUUCAUUAUUUCAACCGCCCACUCAAUGAGGUCAUUUGGCAACAUCGGCAUAGGAAUUCUUAAGAAGAUAGUCACAAAAUUUGCGAAUGUCGAUGAGAAAUUCAAGGAUUUCCCUUUGUACGACAAUUUCGAAAUUUCAAUUUCGAUGAUGAGCAUGUUACAGCCUCUUACGAUGACCUGUGCAUCAUUCCAAGCUAAUGCGGCCAUCAUGGAACCCCAAAACAUCGGAAAUUCCCUUCUUAGACAGUCAUUUAAACCAAUUUCGUUUUCAAUUGAAAAUCCUUUGACUUUGAUUUUGUCAAAACCGAUUUUCUUGACGGAAAUUGUCUUCGGAUUGUCUGAAAACCAGAAUUUCCCAAUAUCCCCUGCAACAGUUCACAUUUCUGCCGGACUUUACAAUAACCGCCAAUUUGAUGUGACAGAAAUUGUUUCUUUACCUAUUUCCCAUGAAAAAACAAACAUUUGCUCGGUAAAACUCUCAGACAACAACACGAAAUACGACCAAAUAAAUCGUGUUUACGAAGUAGAACCUGUCAGAUUUUUGUCAUUUGAGUUCACUUCACCUUUGUCAAAUUAUGCCACUUUGAAUGGAAUUUGUGUAUUUGGUUAUGACAAUCCACCAUUUUCAUAUCCAUUUACCAAUCAAAACAGGGCCAGAUUGACAGAUGACAGGCGGAGAGUUGUUUUGAUGGAAUGCAAGAACCACAAGAAGAGAGAAGAUAUAAUUCCUGAAUCUAUACAGUACGAAAUCACUCGUGUCACGGGAUUGCACUCUGUUGGAGAAGCGCAGACUAAGUUAGUGUCUAUGGACAUACAUCCUGAUACAUAUGAUUUAGGUUUGCUGCUCAAUCUGAAUAAAACUGACCAGAAAAACAGAAAAAAGAAAAUUUGCAGAAAUUGCAAUCAAGAGAAAAAUACUUGUUUGCAGUGUAGUUUCUGCAUGGAUUGGUUCUGUAAUGAACACAUUACUAAUUUCAAAGAAAACAAAGUGUGUAGAUUCUGCUACCAACAGUUGAAACAGUUGCAACAAUCUAUUGAAGUUCUGAAUUCUCAGAAAAUUCAAUCGUAUUUGGAUUUGAAUCCUUUCAUUCAAACUCACAAAAAAUCUAUUGAUUUCUUGAAAUAUAUCCAAAAUUUACAAAACUCAAAAAGUGACAAAAUAAUUGUUGAUUCAAUUCAAAAACAAGAAAUUUCUAAACCAACAAAAAGUGAAGUGACCAAAACUGAUAAAAAUGAAGUUAAUUCAAAUCAAAAACAAGAAAUUUCUAAAAAUGCAAAAAGUGAAGUGUUCAAAAGUGAAGUGACCAAAUAUGUUGAGAGGAGAGAUCCAGAAAUUAUUUGCAAGUAUCCUUAUUUUGCAUUGAUAAAUGAACAACCACUUGGAGAGAACAAAAUUCCAUUUGAAACUGUUUUCUGUGAUUCAAGGUUAGUUUACAAACCAAAUGUAAACAUGAUGCAUGUUUUAGUUGCAUUGGAAUCAUACAUGGCUUUGUCGGGUGUUGAAAUAGUUUGCGACAAGAAUUUGACAGUCACAAUCAACAAUGUUGUUCUUCACUUUUCACCGCCAUGUAGUUACAAGAAAUGCAAAAUAAACAGUCGUUUCCUUGAGAUUGUAAUUGUCGGAGAAGAAAUCGAACUGAGAAGAAUCAAAAUAUUCGGAAAACCUGUUAAAAACAAAGUGGAAAUCAAACAGAUUUUGGCGGCAAAUCAACCAAAAUUUGUAAUGCUAAUUAACUACUCUUCAACUGUAGAAGAAAAGAAUUUGAUUCACACUCUUAGUUUCGAAAAAGUGGCAGCUGUUAGCGGUUUACGGUUUUUCAAGACAUGGAAGAAUUUGCAUUCACUUGUCAUUGAAGUAAAGACACCGAAAGGAAACAGAUACAUGCACAGGUUCAUCAGUUACUCUCAACCAAAAGAAUGUGACAUUUUGUUACCGAACAAAAUGAAGGCAACGCAAAUUAGAGUGUUUUACAUCCAGUCAACUGAAAAAGAUGCUGAAUCAAUUCUUUCCAACUUGCCUCCGAUUCCUUUCGAUGUUAGAUCUGCGAAAUAA